AUGACAUCCAAGAUCUUCCAGCAGCUGUUUGAUGCUGGACAGGCGGCUCUCAUAUCAAACACAGGUAAACCACAAGCUCGAUUCAACUAUGCGCAGCUCUCCGACUACAAUAUCCCGCUCAGUCAGCAACAUCAUCAGCAGCAACAGUGGUCGCAGAAUUGUCAAAACCCUGAUCCACAAUGCAAGCCUCAUCACGGGAUGCUUGUGCAAAAGAUCAGUGAGGGCCGACGCUGGACCAAGAUUGCAGCUGGAAUCUCCGGUACCAUUUCGGCCUGUCUCUCGGCCAUUAUGGGAGCAAUCAUGAUCUUCACGGUGUGGAAAUACCAGAAGACCAAAAAUUUGUAUGUCAAGGAUCGGACUUGGGGUCCAUGGGCGAAAGAUACCGUCACAUGGCCGACUUACAUGAUGGCGGCUGCUUCAAUUGCUACGUCACUGGCAUCGUUGGUAUCAUUGGUCGCUUUGUGCCGUCGGUCGAAGCGCAAGGCCGCCUUUUUCAGUGUCAUCUAUGUCAUCAUGCAUAUCGGGUCUUGGGUUGCUGUUUCUGUGGUGUACAGAGUCAUGAAGACCGACAAGGAUCUCUGGGGUUGGAGCUGUACCGAUGCUGCUAAAGCGAUUCAGAAGGAGCUCGGAAGUAACGUGCUGAACUUUGAAAAUUUGUGCAAGCUUCAGGGCUCUUCCUGGGAAGUAUCUAUCGGCGAGGUGGUCAUCAAGAUGAUGACAAGCGCUGCGUCGUGGUUCGUCAGUCGCAGGCAAGCAGGCUUGGAAAGCGUGCUUUCGCUCGACCUCGGGGCCUGA